UGGAGAAAGAGAAACGAGCGGUACUGGAUUGAAGGAUUGCAAAUUCAAAGUCGUUUGUGAAACAGGGGGACUGAACGUCCCUUCUCCUCCCCCUCUCUCUCCCUCUCUCUCUCCUCGUUGCUGCAGUCAGGGACAGUCUAACGCGGAGCUCCACUCUGCUGCCGUCAUUUCCCCUCCAGUCCAGCAGCACCGAGCCCACUUCCAGCGUCACAGCGACCCUGCUUACUAAUCGAGCAACCUCCUGUUACUCUUCGGUGGAUUAUUAAAAACAGACAUCUUAUCAACUGAGGUGUCGCCGUUCAACGUGUUACGCUGUAAUGAGGCUUUGGAUAGAGGAACUGUGAGCAUGUAGGCGAAGACGCAGAGAAGGGCACAGAAAUGACGGGAGGACUCGGACAGAAUAAAGCCCUCGGUGUCUGUCUUCGUGGGCUCAGUGUGGAUUUGGUUUAUUAAUCUUUCAUACGGAAGAAAUAGGACUCGGUGUUGUUCGAUGUGUUCUCUGAACAAGGCCAGAGGAGCAUGGAUAUCACGGAGCCUCCGCUAGUUUAGUUUCAGCACCGUGGACAGCGCUCAGAGCUGACAGCCUGAUUUACACACGAUCUCAACCCAGUAUACAAGUUGAGGAAGAUAAACAGCAACCUGAGGCUGUGAGCUGUCUCUGCUCACCUUUGCACUCCUGACUGAAUUAUAUGAGCUGCGUGAGAAUGGCGUGAGCCUUCACUUUAUUAAAGCAUUGAGGGUUUAUGAAGUUCUUCUCCAGGCAUAAAGCAAAUGAUCAUAAUUCUAGCAGGGCUGAUUUAGUUGGAGAGGAGCUGGAUGAGAUUGUGGUACAUAGACUGCAACGUGUUUGUCAGUGCUACUAAAAAAGCAGGCAAAUUAAUCACGUGUAUUUAAAGCAAAUUGGAAUUUGUCUGUGAGAGACAUCAGCUUGUGUUCAUGGGUAUUUCUUCCUCUUGAUCCACACCGUGCAGACUCCCAGUCAGCAGUACUGGAGGAAUACACUGACUUGUUCGAGCUCCACUGAGCCUCCAGCAUUCAGAAGCUAUGGCUCGGCUUUGCCAAAUCCUCCUCCUAAGAUCGGUACCCCGCUGCUCUCUGACCCUCACCCUCACUCUCAUCCUCUUCUGCUCCUGCCCAGCUCUAGGCAAGAAGAAGCUCUACAUUGGGGCCCUGUUUCCCAUGAGUGGAGGCUGGCCCGGAGGACAAGCCUGCCUCCCUUCCGCUCAGAUGGCCCUGGAUCUGGUGAAUAAGAGGACUGACAUACUACCCGACUACGAACUGGAGCUGAUACACUACGACAGUAUGUGUGAUCCUGGUGAGGCUACCAAGCUGCUGUAUGACCUUCUGUACACAGAGCCCAUUAAAAUUGUGCUGAUGCCAGGCUGCAGCUCUGUGUCUACACUGGUAGCCGAGGCAGCUCGCAUGUGGAACCUCAUAGUGCUAUCAUAUGGCUCCAGUUCUCCAGCACUGUCCAACCGCCAGCGAUUUCCAACCUUCUUCCGUACUCACCCAUCUGCCACCCUGCACAAUCCUACUCGAGUGCAGCUUUUCCAGAAGUGGAAAUGGACUAAGAUUGCCACCAUUCAACAAACAACAGAAGUUUUUACAUCAACACUGGAUGAUCUAGAGGAGAGGGUGAGGGAAGCAGGGAUUGAAAUCAGCGUACGUCAGAGUUUCCUCACCGACCCUGCUGUGGCUGUCAAAAACCUCAAGCGCCAAGAUGCCAGAAUUAUUGUUGGCCUGUUCUAUGAGACGGAGGCCAGGAAGGUCUUUUGUGAGGUGUACAAGGAGAAGCUGUAUGGGAAAAAAUAUGUUUGGUUCCUAAUUGGCUGGUACGCAGAUAACUGGUUUAAGAUCAAGGAUGCAUCCAUCAACUGUACUGUGGAGCAGAUGACAGAGGCUGUGGAGGGCCAUGUGACCACUGAGAUUGUCAUGCUCAACCCAGAGACAGUGCGAGGAGCCUCCAAGCUGACCUCUCAGGAGUUUCUAGCCCAGCUGAUGUCUAAACUUGGUGGUAAAAAUCCAGAAGAGACAGGUGGUUUCCAGGAGGCCCCACUGGCCUAUGAUGCUGUGUGGGCUCUAGCUCUGGCCCUCAACAAGACCGUGGGGCCCCUAAAAGCCAAGGGUCACCGUCUAGAAGAUUUCAACUACAACAAUCGAGAUAUCACUGUUGAGAUCUAUCGAGCAAUGAACACCAGUUCCUUUGAAGGAGUUUCAGGUCAUGUUGUCUUUGAUGCUCAAGGCUCUCGAAUGGCCUGGACUCUUAUUGAACAACUUCAAGGAGGGAGCUAUAAGAAGAUUGGAUACUACGACAGCACUAAAGGCAAUCUGUCCUGGUAUGGGAAUGACAAGUGGAUAGGCUCAGGACCCCCUGCAGAUCAGACGGUGGUCAUUGAAGAAUUUCGCUACCUGUCCCAGAAGCUUUUUGUUUCUGUCUCUGUCUUUGCUGGAUUGGGAAUCCUGCUGGGAAUUGUCUGUCUCACGUUCAACAUCUACAACAGAAAUGUCAGGUAUAUUCAGAAUUCUCAGCCCUACCUUAACAACAUGACUGCAGUGGGCUGCAUGAUGGCUCUGGCUGCCGUCUUCCCUCUGGGCAUUGAUGGCCUCCAUGUGCAUAGGAGGCAGUUUCCUGUUGUCUGCCAGUUCCGCCUGUGGCUGCUUGGUCUGGGUUUCAGCAUUGCAUAUGGCAGCAUGUUCACCAAGAUCUGGUGGGUUCAUGCCGUCUUCACCAAGAAGGAUGAAAAAAAGGAUAAAAGGAAGCACUUGGAACCAUGGAAACUCUAUGCUACUGUUGGUGUUUUGCUCUGCAUCGACAUCCUGUCCCUCAUAAUCUGGCAGAUUCUGGAUCCUUUACAUAUCACAGUGGAGAAAUUCACCAGAGAAGCCCCCAAAGGAGACCUUGAUGUUUUGAUCCAGCCUCUGUUGGAGCACUGCAGCUCAGAAAAGAUGACCACCUGGCUGGGUGUGGUAUAUGGUUAUAAAGGCUUACUGCUGCUGCUUGGCAUCUUCCUGGCCUACGAGACCAAGUCCAUCUCCACAGAAAAGAUCAAUGACCACCGAGCUGUGGGCAUGGCCAUCUAUAAUGUUGCUGUGCUGUGCAUGAUCACAGCUCCAGUCACCAUGAUCCUGUCCUCGCAGCAGGACGCUUCCUUCGCUUUUGCCUCUUUGGCCAUUGUCUUCUCCGUCUACAUCACUCUGGUGGUUCUGUUCGUCCCAAAGAUGCGACGCCUGAUCACACGGGGUGAAUGGCAGUCAGAUGCCCAGGAGACCAUGAAGACGGGUUCUUCCACCAAUAACAAUGAUGAGGAGAAGUCCAGACAGCUUGAGAGAGAGAAUAAGGAGCUGCAGAAAAUCAUCCAAGAGAAAGAAGAACGUGUGUCAGAGCUGAGAAAUCAGCUGUCUGAGCGCCAGGCCCUGCGAUCAAGAAGAAGAGCAUCUACCAUUACCAAUCAGAACAACAGUUCCCCUGCCCUCACCAUAACCCACAGUGACCCCAGAUCACUAGCACCUCCUCCAGGGUACCCUGCACCCACCACCGAUCUCCACUCCCAUCCCUUCGCAAACUCGUCCAGCCUCUACCAGCCAGAUAGCAAUAUCAGUCGAAAUAACUGCCACCCUAGUCGGCUGCAGCUGCUCUACAAGUGAACUACUAGUGAACAGGGUUAUAGUGUUCUAUGUAAAGGUGGAAAAAAUCAAGUUCAAACAUAAGUUUAAAAAAUAAAUCAGUAUCUGUUGGAGGAGCUCUUUCCAAAGACCAUUCCACCAAGGACCAGAGGAUAGCUAAUGUAAGGUCAUUGUUUAAGAAAUCAUCAGUAGGGUUUCCAUUUCAGUGGUUUUGUUUUUCGUUUCUCUCACAGCUAAAAUCUUGUUAAAUAUAAAAUUUUGUAUAUGUCAUUUUUCCAGUGAUUAUCCAUGUGCCAUCUAGAGUUUGUGAAAUUUCUCUAAAAGCGUAAGAUAUUCUUAGGAUAAAGUCAGCAUACUCACCAGUUAAUGUUCCAUGAAGAAGACAUGGGAACAAAAGAACAGAGUUGUUGUACUCCAGCAUGCACAGCUGACUUCCCCGAUGACUGCAAUUCUAAAAUCAAAGAUCCUACUCUUAGUUUUGUGCCACAGGCUUUAACACUGAAAAGUAUUCCAUCCAUUGGCAGCCUUGGCUAACGCUAUCUUGGGCAAAGUGGGUAGAAUUGUUAACUAAAGUGUAAUGUAGCUUCAUCCAGAUCUAGCUCCCACACUACUCUUGCAAUCCUAAACAGGAACUGUAAGGUUUAUUGUGUCCCCUUCUGUUACGUCCCCAGAAGCCAGGGGAUGAGGGAGAGUAACAAAUAUAAGGAAAACCGGGUAAAGAGGCAGGAAAACUGAUCAUGUGGCAGAGAAACAGUUUUAUUUACCAAAAGAAAAGAAACCCAAAAUCCGGCACAAAGCCGGUAUCACAAUUCUUGAAACGCAACAGUCGAGUUUAGGUACAACACCAGUCACCAACACAACACUUCAGCAGCUGGUCUGGCCCCAAAGGCAACGCUGAUCAGGGUGGCUGAGUAUAAACCUUCCCAGUUGAUUGUCAAGGAGCCACAGGUGCACCUGGCCACUCCUGCUGGGCGUAAUCUAAAAAAAAAAAAGAGAAAAGACAACCUACCUUAUCUACACACACACAAGAACGUAACACUCCCUCCCAUAAGAAUAAACACAUCUGUUUGGUUACACUCACUCCACACAAAUCUAGCAGCACUUAUAAAAAAACACUAAAUUAAUGCCACCGCUCAUCCACGGGACAGCGCAUGAGCCACUACUUUGUCAGCCCCCUUCUUGUGUUUAAUUUCAAUGUAGUAAUUCUGUGCCAACAGCACCCAACGCAUAAACCGCUGGUUGUGGUUAAACAUCUGAGUCAGGAAAGUGAGAGGAUUGUGGUCAGUGUAAACUACCACCGUUGUCAAACUCUGAGCUUCUGUCCAUCCUUGAUACACAUUUGUCCUACCUACCUGUGAUGAUCGAUGUGUGAGGACAUUGUUAGUCUGAUUCGCUCUCACCCCACUUUGUUUAGUGACGUGCCUUCCCGCACUCGUGAUUGAGCAUGAUAUCAAUGUUGAUGAUGCUACCCCCAUUAAACAACAUGCAUAUCAUUGUCCCUUGGAAAAAGAUGAAGAAAGAGGUUUAAUACUUGGUUGAAAAUGGCUUAGCCAAGCCCAGUUGCAGCCCCUGGAGCUCUCCAUGUUUGUUAGCUCCUAAGUCUGAUGGUACCCCUCAUUUCUGUUCGGACUUCAGGAAAGUUAAUGCGGUUACUGUGCCUGAUUCGUUCCCGUUGCCUCGCAUGGAAGAUUGCAUUGACAGCAUUGGUCCAGCGACAUUCAUCACAAAGUUAGAUCUAUUGAAAGGUUAUUGGCAGAUUCCACUAACCCCCAGAGCUUCUAAGAUCUCUGCCUUUGUUACACCUGACCACUUCAUGCAAUGAUGGCAUUUGGGAUGAGGAAUGCACCUGCCGCAUUCCAACGGCUAAUGCAGAUUGUGUUGGAGGAUGUACCAAACUGUAAAGUGUACCUUGAUGAUGUGGUGGUGUACUUGAGUGAAUGGGCCAGUCUGAAGGUGGUGUUUCAGCAACUUGCUGACGCCUUGCUAACUCUCAACCUUGCGAAGUGUGAGUUCGGUAAGGCUAUGGUAACCUACUUGGGGAAGCAGGUGGGACAUGGACAGGUCCGUCCAGUGGAUGCAAAAGUUGCAGCAGUGUUGACCUACCCAGUCCCCACUACCAGGCGUGAACUGAGAUGGUUUCUGGGCAUGACGGGGUAUUACCGUUGUUUCUGUAAAAACUUCUCAGUGGUUGUUGCCCCCCUGACCAGGUUGUGCAGUCCUGUAGUGCUGUUCCAUUGCACUAAUGAGUGUCAGCAUGCCUUUCAUGCUGCAAAGUCUCUCCUCUGCAGUGCUCCUGUGCUCGCUGCUCCUAACUUCUCCCGGCCUUUCAAACUAGAAGUCGAUGCCAGUGCCACUGGAGCCGGUGCUGUUUUACUACUACUACACACGGUGAUGGAGAUGUGUGCCAUCCAGUGAAUUACUGUUCAGCCAAGUUCAACUUUUUUUUUUUAGAUUACUCCCGCUGGGCAUAAUCUAAAAAAAAAAAAAAAAAAAAAAAAGAAAAGAGAAAACACAACCUACCUUAUCUACACGCACACAAGAACGUAACACCUUCCAGAAUUUAAGUUAAUAUAUGACUCUUCUCAUUGGACAUAAUGCUAUUUUUUACCACUGUAUGUAGUAAGCUGACCGAGCAUGCUUACCUUUGCAGCUCAUUUUGAGGCAGAUAAGGACGUUUUCUGGGCUUUUUUUCUGCUUUCACAAACCAAAACACAAGAGAUAAAGAGUAAGAAAUCAAGUAUACAGGCUCUCAGUUUUUAGAAUAUCAUUUCUGCAGCCUGCAACUGCAUAUUUAUGAUGUUUUUAAAUGUGGCACUCUUUACAAUGACAGUGUAGCAAAGGGUCAAGUAGAGGUGUUCAGACAUUGCUUAGUACUGGAAUUGAAUAUACGGACAGACUUAAUCAGUGAUACUAGUUUUGUGACUAAGUAAGUAACUGGUUGUAUUAAUUACUAAUAUGGUUUGUCAUUUCAGCUGGUCUUGUUAACUGUCUGGUGGUGGUUUUUGUAUUGAUAUUGGUCUCUGUUCAAAGAGACUGCAGUCUUAUACAUUGCUGUGUGUGUUCAUACUAAAGCCCUCACUGCAGAUCAACCUAGCCCUGUUGAUUCAAGGCUCAAAAAAGCUGAGGACAUGGACUCAAGAGCUGAAAUAGCAUUACAUGAGGCUAAAAGCAUCAAUAUAAACACCUUUACUGCCUGUGUUUAUUUUUAAGCUUAAACUCUGUCUGGGUUUUUCAUUCUCUUGUGAAAAGACUUAAUUUUCAAUCCCACAGUCAGAUUUUUUUUAUGUUGUUCUUCAGGGCUACAUUUUUUUUGUUUGUUUGUUUGUUUGUUUUAUGUUGCAUGUAGAAACAUACACCAAAGUGUAAUUUGGUGCAUGUUGUUGCAGUUGUUUCAUUUUGACAAAAAAAAAAUCAUUAAAAAAAGCACACCCAACCAGUAUCAACUCAUAUCUUUUUAAGCAGAUAAUGAAUUUCAGUUCUGUUGGAUUGGAAUUUGAAAUUUAUAGCUUAUGUUUCCUAAUUGUAUUAAAGACUUUUGAAAGAAAUUACUUUUUUUUUCCCUUUUUUUUAACGAUUGAGCAGGAAGCAAACACACUAACAGUGCAUUUCAAGUUCACCUGUUCUAUUUCAUCACUUUCAUCUGUUUUUGACAGUAUUUUUAGGGACUGAGGUAAAACAAAGCCACAUCACCUUGGAUUUGUCUUUAUUCAGAAAGAAAUUACUCUGACACAUACAGUCAUUAAUUUAUUCAGUGGGAAAAAGUGAGUCAAAGGGACAAAAGUCAACUAGUGAAAAAGAGACAUAGAUUCGAGUGGGUUGGUUCAAGUGGUUAGCCUAAACACAGUAAUCAGUAUAGGUUUCUGGAAUAACAGGAGCAUGAAUAGAUCUAUUAGAAAUAUUGAUUCUUGUCAAAGGCGUAGUAUUGAUGGACAUCCACCUCAGUUUAUAGAAUAUGCACAUUUUUCCCACCCACCUAAAGCACGAAAGACGUACAGGGCAUUGAUUUUGAAAACCCAGAGGUUUUCAAAAUCAAUGCCUGCCCCUGUCAGAAUGCCCUGCACACAGGCUGAUAAGCCAGAAAGGAAAACAGGAGGAAGUCUGACAUUAGGACAUUAUUUUCUCAAAAAGUCUGAGAACCAUCAGUUGUAUAUCACCAUGCAUUAUUCUUAAAGUUUGUUAAAAGAAAUGUUGUUUACUGGUUUGCUAACUAAUUUUAAGGUAAUUUCUUGUGAAAGUAACCGCUUUAAGCAUGUGGCUCAUUUACUUCAACCAUCCAAAAAAGACACAAAAGAGGACAGAAGAGUACAUCUUGCGGUGGUGUACUUGAGUGAAUGGGCCAGCCAUGUCUCUAGUCUGAAGGUGGUGUUUCAGCACCUUUACUAGCUCAAACAUUGAUAAAACUCACUUUACAAUAGAAAAAAACAUGGCAUUACAGGGAAGCUGAAUCCAUCAGAGGGAUAAUGGCAUGUUAUCACAUGACAUCAUCCCUCUGAUGGAUUCAACUUACCUGUAAACAUGAAAGAGUCAGAGUAAAACAUGUAUUGUACAUUGUCUAGCACAGUUUGUUUUCAGCUGUUUUACUGUUUAUUGUUUGUUUAAACUGUGGGUUUGAUCUCGAGGGUCAUUAAGAAACAGCCGGGGUGGAAAGCUGCAGACUACAACUGUAAUAGUUUGUUCUGACAACUAACACUGCCCACACAAACAAAAUAGUCCCCUCUGCCGUCUCUGGUUAAUAUUUGGCCAGUUUAGAGUAUCAAAACAACUUAUUCAGCAUUUGGUAACAAUCAUGGUUGUGGUAAAAAGAAACUUAUAGUGACUUUCAGUAGAAACCAAGAAACAAUCUUAGUGUCUAAACUGCAAACUUUAUAGGCCCACUCCACGUGGCCUUUACCAAUUUCACCUUAUCACCAUAGCAGCUGACACACAGUUCUCCCAAUUCACACCGCCAACAGUCUUAGCAACUUAAUCAGUAACAAGGAGGUUGAAGAUACCUGCAUGGCUUGAUGCCACAGUAACACAAUCGCACAUGUAUUUAUGAUCUGUGUGGACGGUCCCUUUUAGAGACUUUACAAUGACCUUUCUACAUGAGAAGUAUAAAUUGUUGAGUUUUUGAUUUUGCUGAUUUCUCUUUUGUACUGAACUUUUGUGUGAGGUUUCACACAGAAUUGUAAUUUUGCAUUAAGCUACCUAGCCUUUCCUGGAGCUUUUAACCACAUGUAAGUGUCUUCUUCAGCAAAUUGACUUUUUUUUUUAACCUACAUCUCUUUGUGAUACAGUUUUUUUUUUAAUUCAAUGUCAUGUUUGUUUCUUUGUCUGCAGUACAUGUUCAUACGGUCUUUUUUUUUUUUUUAACCAUAAACAC